AUGGCUUCCUGGCUUUGCUCAAACUGGACUCGUGAGAACAGUGGCAGACCUGUACCCAGCCUCCCAGAAAUCCAGCAGGCCCUGGUUACUAUGGGGGACAAAGAAGACUCAUUUUCAGGUUCCAGGGAGUGGGUCGGAACUUUUGAAGCCUCUCUGGUGCUGGAUUAUUUCUAUGAUGUUUCUUGUAAAUUGGUGCACGUCAGAGCUGGGGGGACUGAGCUGGAAGAUGUUGCUGUAGAAGAGCUCCAUCAGCACUUUGAGAAGCACGGAUGUCCUGUCAUGAUGGGAGGAGACAGAGACAAUUCCUCUAAGGGUGUAUUAGGAGUGUGCACUGGAGACAAGGGGAGCUACUUGCUAGUUGUUGACCCUCACUACUAUGGCUGUCAGCUACAGAGAGAAGAGCUUCAGAGGCGAGGAUGGGUGGGGUGGAAACCGUUAUCCUCCCUGGAUCAGUCCUCAUUUUAUAACCUGUGUAUGCCUCAGACUACCAAAAAGGCCAUAUAA